AUGACGAGAAGACUAGAGAGAAAAAACUGUAAGAUAAAUAAAGAAAAAGAGAAGAAUCAUGAAAGACAUGGGGAUGUGUACAUAAAUAACUUGUGCUAUGCAUGUGGCCAACAAAGGCCUCGUAGAAAGAAAAGAUACUUUCUAAUAGGCAUAUUAUUUGCACUUCUUGGAUAUUUCAUGAAAAUAGCGUAUGAAAAGGCCUUUGAGAGAACUGUUAUUAUGAAGUUCAUUCAGGAAAUGCUAAACUCAAAGGCAAUCCUGAAUAUGAACCUAAGUGAUGACACAAAGGCAAAGAUACUUUACUACGCUGAGGUGGCUGCAUUUGCCCCGUAUGAUGAACUAAAUGAAAUGCCUGGGAUGCAGGCCUACAAAAAAGGUCUUGUUGGGAAGCAUCCAAUCGUAAUAAUCCCAGGUAUUGCAAAUACUUCUUUGGAAUUAUGGCGUACCAAGCAGGAAAAUAACUCUUUCUUCAGGAAGAGAAUAUGGGGAUCACAUUCAACCCUUACAUUUAUGCUGCAUAACCGAGAAGAAUGGAUAAACAGCAUGAAAUUAGACACUGAGACAGGACUAGAUCCGCCUGGAAUAAAAGUAAGGGCAUGCAGUGGAUUAGAGUCUUCUGACUUCUCUAUACCUGGGAUGUGGUUUUGGUGGAAAAUAGUUGAAAACCUGUCGUACAUUGGGUACGAUGCAGCUGAUAUUCACUUUGCAGCAUUUGAUUGGAGGCUGGGAAUUGAGGAAUUAGAAGCCCGUGAUAGUUACUUUACAAAGUUAAAAGUAGACAUUGAAAUACUUCAUGACAGAAGGAAAGAGAAGGUGCUUACAGUAGCACACAGCAUGGGAUCACUUAUAUUUCACUAUUUCAUGCAGUGGGUCUCAGAGAUAGAUGAUAAAUGGGUGGAUAAGUACAUACAUAGUGCAGUAUAUAUAGGACCACCUUUACUUGGAGCCCCAAAGGCAGUGGGUGGUUUGCUCACUGGGGAAGUUAAAGACACAGUUGACAUGGGGGCCUUCCAGUAUGCAAUUGUAGAACUGCUUUUUGGAAAAAAGAGUAGACAUGAAUUAUUCAGGACAUGGGGUUCUCUUGUUUAUCUGCUGCCAAAGGGUGGGGACAAUAUAUGGACAGCAAAGGGCAUGAAGCACCCGGACUUAGUCUCAAUCAGAAAGAUAACUCACAUACAGAAGUCUUCUGGGGGCAUGGGUGACUAUAAAUUCAUCAACUACAAAGACGUACUCUCAAUGGUUAAAGAUGUUUUACCUUCCUACAAUAAGACUAUCCAUGAGAAGAUCUUAAACCCACAGAAAAAAGAAGAUAAAUGGGCAAAUCCAUUGGAAACUCCCCUUCCAAAUGCACCAGACCUGACUAUAUACUCAUUGUAUGGGAUAAAUAAGCCAACUGAAUGUGGAUAUUAUUUUACAUCCAGAAAUGGUGUUAUAAACAUAGAUAAGGAAAUAUCUUCAGACCAGAAUAGUGUAUACAAUGGAGUGGUUCUAAGGGAUGGUGAUGGAACUGUUCCUGUCAUAUCGAUGGGAUACAUGGGUGUGUCAGGCUGGAAAAAAAAGUCCCUUAAUCCGCAUGGAAUUAGAACCAUAAAUAGAGAGUACAAGCACAUUCCAUCAACUUCUCUUCUGGAGUUAAGAGGAGGCAAGUAUACUGCAGAGCACGUGAAUAUCCUGGGGAAUAUAGAUUUAAUUGAAGACAUAUUGGAGAUAUCCACAGGUAAAUCACUCCCUGAUAAAAUUAUCUCAAAUCUUGUAGAAAUGUCUGAGAUAAUAGAUGAGAGUAUGGGGAAAAAGAAGGAAAGCAGUACCAAGGACAGUAGAGUAGACACAACAGGAUAG